AUCUGCUCUGCAUCUGCGGUCCUCCUGCCUCGCGCGCCCACCAGCUAAAAGAACGCACACACACAAUCCUUCCCACAGGCGCGCGCGCACACACACACUCACUCACACUCGCGCCAACAGACUACAGAGCGCGACUAGACUAGACAGCGGGCUGGCACUAGCUGCGCGAGGGAGCGAGCGAGGAAUCGGAGCGUAACGACCAAAAGACUCGAGCUACGAGACGAGACGAGACGAGAGAGGCUACUUCUCGGGAGACCGACUGGCGGAACACUCUCUACUCUGACGAACGGUAGCAGGAGGAGGAAGAAGAGAGGAUAGAGGGAGAAGAAGAAGAAGGAGGAGGAGAGGAUAGAAGUCGCGCGACUCGACUCGAGGGACAUGCUCCGUCGCCCACUGUCUGCCCUAGUUCGCUCGAGACAGCCUCGAGAUCGGUCUGAAGUCCUGGAGAAGAGGGGACGUGAGGAAAGGAGAGGAGCGACUGCCGGUGACGACUGUUACGACUGUUGACUUUCAUCCCGUUGGCAUGUGAGACACACAGACAAGACAACACUGGAAACGAGAGCGAGACCAAAACGGUUGCGUUUGAUGAGUGCAGGGGGUGACCUGUGUAAGGGCGAUCGGAACUCGACAUCAUCAGCUGCCACAUUGGAGGAGCGAAAUAACCAACAGCGACGCGCAGGAGCUAACGCUACCUGGAACAGUAUCCAUAAUGCGGUGAUUGCCGUGUUCCAGAAGAAGGAGCUCGGGGAGAAUGAACUCUACACACUCAACGAGGGAGUCAGGCAGCUCCUCAAGACAGAGCUGGGCUCCUUCUUCACAGAAUACCUUCAGAACCAGCUGCUGACUAAAGGCAUGGUCAUCCUCAGGGAUAAGAUACGCUUCUAUGAAGGUCAGAAGCUGCUGGACUCCCUGGCGGAGACCUGGGAUUUCUUCUUCUGCGAUGUUCUCUCCAUGCUGCAAGCCAUCUUCUACCCCGUACAGGGUAAGGAGCCGUCGGUGCGUCAGCUGGCUCUUCUGCACUUCAGAAACAUCAUCACCCUCAACAUCAAACUGGAGGACGCUCUGUCACGCCCGCGCGCACGCCUACCCCCCUCCAUAACACAGAUGCUGCUCAUACUACAGGGGGUGCAUGAGUCUAAGGGCGUGACGGAGGACUAUCUGAAGCUGGAGUCUCUGGUUCAGAAGGUGGUGUCUCCGUACCUCGGCACACACGGCCUCUUCUCCAACGACGGCUCCAACACACACACCUGUGUGCUGGAGAAGCGUCUUCUGCGCCGCUGGCCCACCAAGGCCAAGUCCUCCGCAUCAGACUCCCCCUCCCCCCCCGCCAAGAACCCGGUGGUUCGCUCCAAGAGCUACAACAUCCCCAUGCUGACGCCGGUGGUGGAGUCCGACCCUGAGGCGGGCGGGAGCCUGUGUGGCGUAGGAGGAGGACCAGGGGGGGGCAGCCUGGGCCUGAGACGACACUCCAUCGGAGAGAUGACCUCCUGCCUGGAGGAACCGCCAGCCUUCACAGAGAUGCCACCCGGCAGCCAGGCCUCCGAGGCGGGCAGCCACCUAUGCCCCGAGACCCCGCCCUCUGGAGGUCCGUCGCCGCAGCGCAGAGGAGGUGGUGGUGUAAGAGGAGGUGGUGUAAGAGGAGGAGGUGGAGGAGGAGAGGAGAGUGACUCUCCGUCCCCCUCGCUGCUGCCUUCUCCCUCGCCGCUCCUCUCCGGGUCGGGUUCGGGGUCUGGGUCAGCAUCGGAGUCCGGUUCUGGUUCCGGGUCGGCGUCAGGCUCGUUCAACCUGAGCGGCGUGGCUCAGCUUCAUCCGUCUCCAGGCAGCAUCUCCAUGUCCAUGUCCAUGUCCAAGUCCUCUUCUCCUCCUCCGUCGCGCUCGUCGCUGCUGUUGACUGAUGAUGGUGGUGGUGGGGUGUCGUCCAGUCCUGAGACGGUGGUGGACCACAUUCUAGAAUCUCUGGACUCAUCGGAUCCGUACCUGGAUGGUGACGGGGAUGUGGACGGGAUCUACAUCGACUUCAACCGCCGCCGACGCAGAUGCUCCGCCUCCUCCUCCAGCCUCAGCCACGACGGCAGCCGCCAGAGCGUGGUGUAGAACGCUCAUAACCUUCCCUAGCAGCCAGAGCAGGGUCUAGAACACUCCAGAAUGCUCUUAAUCUUCUUUCCAGCCGCCAGAGUAUGGUGUAGAAUACUCUAGAAUACUCUUGACCUUCCCUAGCAGCCAGAGCAGGGUCUAGAACAGUCUAGAAUGCUCUUCAUCUUCUUUCCAGCCGCCAGAGUAUGGUGUAGAAUACUCUAGAAUACUCUUGACCUUCCCUAGCAGCCAGAGCAGGGUCUAGAACAGUCUAGAAUGCUCACAACCUUCUCUCCAACCGCCAGAGCGUAGUCUAGAACACUCUAGAAUACCCUUACUUUCCAUAGCAGCCAGAGCAGGGUCUAGAAUUCUCUUAACCUUCCAUAGCCGCCAAAGUGUGGUCUAGAAUCCUCAAGAACAGUCUAGAAUACUCUUAACCUUCUCUAGCUGCCAGAACGUGGUCUAGAAUAUUCUAAACUACUCUUAACCUUCUCUAGCUGCCAGAGCGUGGUCUAGAAUAGUCUAGCUUCCAUCCAGACACCGGAGAGUGGUCUAGAAUAUUCUAGCUUCAAUCCAGACACCAGAGCGUGGUCUAGAAUAGUCUAGCUUCCAUCCAGACACCAGAG